GAUUGUCAGAGAUUGUCAGAGAGAAAAACAAGACAAGAGGAAAUGCUUCUAAUAAGUUCCGAUCUUUAGCAUACGUUCACAUUCACCUUUCAGAGAUUCAGUUUGUUUCUUUCACUCAUCUAAGAAAUCAAUAAUACUGUCCUGUUGUCUAACUGUUGCGGCAAAAAUUGUAAAAUUAAAUCAGUGCAGAGUGGAGACUGAGACUUGAGUCUUGAACUAAUAUUCUUGCCAUGAGUGGGUGGUCGCUUUACAGUUUUCAAGAUUUAGAUGUCUGUUUCAGUGAACAUUGUAAAUACGAGUUAUAUACAUAGUUUUAAAUAUUGUCAGUAUGGUCAUGAAUAUCAAAGUAUCAAAAGUGCAAACGGAAAAAAAAUCAGUAUUGUGGUCAUAAAAUGUUCGGAUUAAAAAAUAACUGAAAAAAAACUGUAUUUACUUUUUCCUUAAUAGAGCCAAAAUUAAAAAUACUAAAUAAAAACUACAAAACAGUAGAUCUGUACGGGAUCUUAUAUAAUAUUUAAGUGACUAAAACUACAUUACAUUAUAUGUUAGAAAUCGUCAGUGCGAAGCUCGCUGAGACGAGCGCGCGCUGGCGCUGCGCUGUCGCCGCCGCGUGCUGGCAUGGAGCGGUUGCGACGUUCCUUCCGCGAGUCGUUCCGACGCCGCAAGGGCUCGCCGCCGGAAUCAGCGCGGCCGCACCAAUGGCACGCCGACGAGGCGGCUGUUCGUGCCGGUACCUGCACUUUCCCCGUCAAGUAUCUCGGCUGCGUCGAGGUCUUCGAGUCUCGGGGUAUGCAGGUCUGCGAAGAGGCACUCAAAGUUCUCAGGAAUUCACGUCGUCGUCCAAUUAGAGCAGUCCUUCACGUGAGCGGCGACGGUCUGAGGGUGGUGGAAGAAGAAACAAAAGGACUGAUAGUAGAUCAGACCAUCGAGAAGGUGUCCUUCUGCGCGCCCGACAGAAAUCACGAACGAGGAUUUAGUUACAUUUGUCGCGACGGUACCACCCGCCGUUGGAUGUGUCACGGCUUCCUGGCGUCGCGCGACAGCGGCGAGCGGCUCUCGCACGCGGUGGGCUGCGCCUUCGCGGCCUGCCUCGAGCGCAAGCAGCGCCGCGACAAGGAGUGCGCCGUCUCCAUGAGCAUCGACGCCGCCAGCCACGCCUUCACCAGGCAGGGCUCCUUCCGGAAAUCGGUUAUAAUAUCGUCUUCGAACCGUCGCGCGUCAGAGUCGGAGCCGCCGCCGCCGCCGCCGGUGGCGCCCGCGCGCGCGUCCGCACACAACCCGUUCGCGGUGGAGCGGCCCCACGCCGCGCCGCACCUGCUCGAGCGGCAGGGCUCGUUCAGGGGAUUCACGCAUCUCAACAAUAGUUCGCCAUUCAAGCGCCAGAUGUCGCUCCGCAUCAGUGAACUGCCCUCUAACUUGGAGCGUCAACGCGCCGGACUGGGCUCGCCCACUCGCGCCCUGCCGCCCGCGCCUGCCCCCGCCCCCGCACCCCUGCCGUCGCACGUCUCCAGCCCGCCAGACAUCGCCGCGAUUGAGGAGAGCGUGAGCGGCGACGCGGUGUCUGCGAUGUGCGAGGAGCUGGCGGUGGGCCUGCGCGCGCUGACGGAGGAGCCGGUGCCGGGCGCGGGGUCGUUGCCCUCUCCGGACGCGUGGCUGGGCCGAGUGGCACGCGCCCCCCCGCUGUCCACCCGCGCCGCCUCGCACCCCGCCCCCCACCCCGCGCCCAUCACCAACCCCUUCUUGGCGCCGCUCAGUGACGCCACUGCCAUCUAAUCAAUCGACCUAGGUACCGAAUCGAUCGGCAUUGCUUGGAUUAUCGAUACGAAUAGGGUAUUUGACUAUUUAAAAUUUAUGAUUCUUUUUAAAAUAUUUUCCAAACUGUCUCUUUAAAAAGUAUUUUACAUUGUAAUAUUUCUGUAUUUUAUUUUUCAAAUUAAACUAAAUUACUAAUUUGGUCAUGUUACCCAAAAUUCCUAGAUCUUUUGAUGUCAUUACUUGAACUGAACAGACUAAUAAAGUUGUUUGUUUGUUGAAAAAAGACGUUACGUCAUCGAUGUAUUUCUACUUAACCUAUUGAAAUUUUAUGAGAAUUAGUUUGUAGUUCGUAAAGUAGUCAAAUACCCAAAAGAAAUUGUCUUUGUUGCAGAGGGAAUUAUUUAUCUCUUUCUAUCAACUCGUUAACUAAAAUCGCGAUUAAAUGAUGACUCUGUGGUGUUUAUAUCGUUGAUUCCCCGAAACCUAAAUGUUAUGUUGGCUUGAUGUACAACGUCUAUAACUCUUUGAAAUAUUUUUAAAUUACUGAUAAUUUCACAGAAAGUUUGACGUUACGCAAAGUUUGAAGCUUAGCUACAAAAAAUCUUAAGUAUGAGAAGUGUUCGAGCAUUACAACAUUACUUCUAUUAUAGUUGUAUCUCGAAGAUAAAUGACACCAAUUUGAAAAAGCUUACAAAGGCUUGGAAACGGUUGUUGUAUACAUUUUUUUAUGUAUAAAAAUACAUAAUUUCUAAAAAUAUAAUGUACUUAUUUGAGUUAAUUGAGAUAAUACAAGAAAAACACUACUUAUUUUUCUACGUGAUGUACAGCAUUGAAUGGUUAGUAAUAAUACUUUUUGCCUCCAAUUCAACGAAUUAUUUUGACUCAAACGAUAAUUAAAGUAAAUGAAGUCUAUAGACUUUAUUCUUUAUUUCUGAUUUCUUUACAUUAUAUAUAUAUUCAUAUAAAUUUAUAAAUAUAAAUAAAUAAAAAACAAAAACAUGAGAAUUGGAUUUUGAGCCGUCACAAACAAGCUUAAUUACAUAUUACUACUAAAUUAGAAAGAAAUUUAUAAACUAUAUUCAAUGUCAAAAUAUAGAAAGUAAUGUAAGGUUUAUUGAUAGCUUUGACGUACUUAUCCGCUAUCUAUACAUAUUUCAAUAUAUUUUGAUGUUUAGGAAGUAUUCUAUUUAUUGAUAUAUAAAAAUAAGCGUCCUAUUGGCUUGGGCCUCGCCGAGUUCGAGCUGACAUUGACGAUUUGCCAACAUAUGUACUUGGCGUAAAACACGUUGACGUGGCAUUGUAAUGUUGUGAUAUGCAAAUAUAAAACUUGUCUGGCGAGUUAAAAAAGGUGUCUAAUUUCGUUCGAUAUAAACUAAAAGUAUCCUAAAAUUUGCAACGUAGAAUUUAUUAAUCUUUGCUCGUAGCUAAAGCGGUGUUUGUGCACGUAAUUUUUACGCAACCUGAAACUAUGUUUCCGGGCUGGCAUCCUCUAUACAAUAUAUUUACGUUGUUAAUGCCUUAAAUGAUUAUUGCUGGUGUAAGCCAUUAGAAAAUCCUGCUUUUAUUGAUGCGUUGAGUCCAGUUGGACACGGAACGAACUUUAAGCCAGGUCAAAAUUCCUAACGUAUAUAAUACAUAAUGUUUUUAAACAGACCUGCGCGAGCCAUGACUGCUUGUGUCGCUUCACGUGGGGCGCGUAUGCUGUAUGACGAAUUUAUUAAAUUUUAAAUUCUUGUUUUAAUGACAACGCAUAACUGCGUAUUAAGUAUUCCAUGAAAACACAAAGUAAUCGUCAAAAAAAAACUCGACUAUGGAAAACAUAUUUAUUGCACGUACUGUAGUUUAUUGAAUAAAUAUACAAACUUAAGCACAGCUUUUUUACUGCACACUUCACUUUUUACUGUUUACCAAUACGUAACUUACUAUCGUAAUUUUAUACUUAGUUAAUUUCGUCCGUUCAGUAUUAGUUGAGCCUAGAGCAUUGUGAAUACAGUGCAUAACAAACGAAUUCAGUAUCCCUACGACAUAAUGUACAAGAUUUAGGAUUUUUGAUAUAUUUUCUAUUUUGUAAAUGUAUAUAUUAUAUAAAUGUACAUUUUUAGAUUAUGACUUUGCCCUUAGAGGAUCUGUUUUUAUACUUUUUUACUGAAAAUAGGUGAUCGGGUCGUCAUUAUCAUUUGUUCAGUUUUGCUCGUUUUAUUUUUUUUAUUGUACGUUUCUGUUAUUAUUUUACAUUGAUUUAAUUUAGGUACUUUUAAUAUAAAGUUUUGUUGCACUAGUAAAAAAUCCCAAUUCAAUAUAAAAAAAAUUAUUGAAUGAAAAAUGUGAGCAGAAUUGUGAUCUUUUCAAGUUUUACUUCUACACAGCAGUAAAGGAAUUUCUGUCACUUGAUUAAAAAAAAAUUAAUCUAUAAUCAUUAUAGUCUUUUGUGAAACACAUGCAAAAUAAAUAAUUCUGCUUUUCGGUUUAAAAUAAAAAUACAAUUUUAUUGACAUCGAAAAAAUUUCUGUACAUUCCAGAUUGAUUUUUUACAAUGUGUUGUGUAGUAAUAAGUAAAUUAAUCGCGCAUAUCACUAGCUAGCCUUGCUGCAUCGCACUUGUACUUACGAAUUAAACAAUUACUUAAUCUUUAAAAAAACGUAGUACUUAAUAUUAGUAUGCUUGCAAAAUUUUAGAGAUUCUAAUGCGCAAUUACCAGUUUAUUCGUUACUAAAUGUUAUAUAUAUAUAUAUAUAUAUAUAGCAUCUUUUUUCAUUCGAUCAACCUAAAAAUAUUUAAUGUUUUCAAUUGCAUUAAAAUAAUGUGAUACCUUAGCAUCUUAGAGGAAUUUACUAAUAAAACGCACCAAAAUUAUCUGCACCGAUUUAUGAAUUGUUAAUACGAAGUGAAGAUGUGUGUACUACAUUUAUUAAUAUUUAAAUUAAAUGUCUCUUAAUAUAUAUUUUUAUGUGCUUAUUGAAGCGUUUACUAUUAGAGAAAUUGUACUUAAAAUGCAAAGUUGUUCGGAAAUUAUUUGUUGGAUGUUGUUUGUAAAUUAUACAGUGGUCCUAUCUUUGUCAAGUGUAUGUAAAUAUCAACACAUAUUCUGUAGAUAUUUUAGAUAAAGAGAGUUCAAAUAAAUAUAAAGAUUAAUAAAUAAUGUUUAGUUGAAA